AUGAUCGGCUUCCCAAACCAGCUCUUAGCCAUCGUGAUCGUCUUCUCGUUCAUCUACAUCGCAGUCAGCCAGUAUUCAAACAUGGAUGAAUACAAUAAUUUCUUAAACAUGGUGGAUCAGCAGGAAAUCAACGAACAAUCUGAACGGAAUCGCAAGUAUUACUAUGCGGGUGGAUCAAACUUGGGCAAAUAUGGCACCAACCGCCAUGGCGCAGAAUUCAUCAAAUGCAGGGAUUUCAACUCGAGCCGUUCCGACAAGCCAGUCAACCUCCGGUGCCCCGUCCGACCCGGCAACUACCAUGCAGUGUGCCAACUCGUCUACGACUACGAACGCCACGAAGUAUUCCAAGGUUGUUUUGACGUUCCUUUUAGGAACGAGGAUCUUUGCCGCCGGGGCUGUAACUUGAAGUUCCAAGUCCGGGAGUUUGAAGGGCACCCACACAUGAACAAACGGGUCGGAUUUUGUUGCUGCAAGGCUAAUAUGUGCAAUACGGACUUAGAGUAUAUCAUCGCUACGGGUAUCAGGAAGAGUCGUGAGAACAUUCCGGAAUUCAAACUUCCUCCACAUGUCAAGUACCUUCACACCUACCUCGACGACGAAGACAAAGCACUGGCUGCCAAAUCAAGACUUCAGUCGUACUUCGAAUCUGCCCAAGACUUCUUCUUCAAGUGA